AUGCCGCAACGUUUCUUUUCAUCAGUACGCUUUCAACUUCUCUAUCUGCUAAUCGCUAACUGCCACUUUGUUCAUCCACUCAGCUAAGGAGCAGUGGAUUGGUUGAUCUUAUUGCCGUUCAGGAACUAUGUUGGCUAAUGGUUUUCAUGGCGGAGAAGGUGAAUCUUCUGAGCAUGACAAAGUUAAGGUCAACCCUGGGAAACAUCCGUCUUUGACUUGGCAGCGCAAACUUGACACAGUCCACACUGCCCUGUCAGAAUUCAACAUCAGUGUGAAAGAGAUGGUUGCUAUGGCUCCAAUUGGCUAUCGACUGUGGAGACGUCUACAAGAGAGAAAAGGAAAGGAGGGAUUAUUUGUUGAUCCUUUCACUAGACGUCCUUUCUCAUCAUGCCAAGGUGUUCCUCUGGGUGGUAUGGGUGCAGGAAGCAUAGGCAGAAGCUACAAAGGCGAGUUUUUGCGUUGGCAAUUCUUUCCAAGAAUAUGUGAAGACAAACCAGUUCUUGCAAACCAGUUUUCUGUAUUUGUUUCACGCCUGAAUGAUAAAAAAUAUUCUACAGUAUUAUGCCCAAGAAGCCCAGAAGUGCUAGAUGAUACUUCAGCUUCUGGGAUAGGAUCUUGGGACUGGAACCUUGGAGGGAGAAACUCUACGUACCAUGCCUUGUUUCCAAGGGCUUGGACCAUAUAUGAUGGUGAACCUGACCCAGGACUUAAAAUAACUUGUCGUCAGAUUUCUCCCUUUAUCCCUCAUAACUACAAAGAUAGCAGCCUGCCUACAGCAGUCUUUACAUUCACAAUUUCUAAUUUGGAGCAGACACCUGCUGAUGUUACGUUGCUUUUCACAUGGGCAAAUUCAGUUGGUGGAGAUUCUGGAUAUUCUGGUAAUCAUUUCAACUCAAAGUUCAGGAUGGAAAAUGGUACUCGUGGUGUCCUAUUGCACCAUUUGACUGCGAAUGGACUGCCCUCAGUAAAUUUUGCAAUUGCAGCAGAAGAAAAUGAUUUAGUUCAUGUCUCUGAGUGCCUUUCCUUUGUGAUAUCUGGGGAGUCGCAAGGCAUUACUGCAAAAGACAUGUGGAGUGAAAUAAAAGAGUAUGGAUCCUUUGACCGCCUUAAGUCUGAAGAAAUUUCUGCACCUUCUGAACCGGGGACAGUGAUCGGGGCUGCCAUUGCUGCCUCUUUGACUAUUCCAGCUGAGAAGGAGCAUAAUGUCACAUUUGCAUUGGCAUGGGCUUGCCCAGAAAUAAAUUUUCCAAGUGGGAGAACGUACCAUAGGCGCUAUACUAAAUUCUAUGGUACUCUUGGCCAUGCCGCUGCAAAUAUUGCUCAUGAUGCUCUUCAUGAGCAUUCCCAGUGGGAAUCACAAAUAGAAAAAUGGCAGAAACCAAUUCUUGAGGACAAGAGGAAUCCUGAAUGGUAUCCCAUUACUCUGUUUAAUGAACUCUAUUACCUUAAUUCGGGAGGAACAAUUUGGACAGAUGGCUCGCCACCGGUGCAUAGUUUGUCAACCAUUGGUGAUAGAAAAUUUUCCAUUGAUAGAUCUAAUUCAGAUACUAAAAACACUGGUGAGCAAUCCCACCCAAACGACACUGCUAUUCUUAUUCUUGAAAGGAUGACAUCAGUACCUCAGCAGAUUCAAACUCCUCUAACGGUCAAUGCUGCUUUUGGGACAAAUCUUCUUCGAAAGGGAGAGGAAAAUAUUGGCCAGUUCUUAUAUCUUGAAGGAAGUGAAUAUCUCAUGUGCAACACAUAUGAUGUUCAUUUCUACGCAUCGUUUGCCUUGGUCAUGCUAUUCCCCAAACUUGAACUUAGCAUACAAAGAGACUAUGCAGCUGCAGUCAUGAUGCAUGAUCCCAGUAAGAUGGCACUUUUGCACGAUGGAAAGUUGGCAAGUAGAAAAGUCCUUGGGGCUGUACCCCAUGAUAUUGGAAUGAAUGAUCCAUGGUUCGAAGUGAACUUUUAUAAUCUCCAUAAUACAGAUAGGUGGAAAGAUUUAAAUUCAAAAUUUGUUCUGCAAGUCUACAGGAAUGUCGUUGCCACAGGUGACAAAAAGUUUGCAGAAGCUGUUUGGCCUUCUGUGUAUAUGGCAAUUGCUUAUAUGGACCAGUUUGACAAAGAUGGAGAUGGGAUGAUAGAAAAUGAAGGAUUUCCUGAUCAGACAUACGAUGUAUGGUCUGUCUCUGGUGUGAGUGCAUACUGUGGUGGACUAUGGGUCGCAGCCUUGCAGGCUGCAUCCGCAUUAGCACGAGAAGUAGGCGACAAGGGUUCUGAAGACUACUUUUGGUUUAAAUUCCAGAAAGCAAAGAAAGCAUAUCAGAAACUGUGGAAUGGUUCUUACUUCAACUAUGAUGACUGUGGUGGCCGAGUGAGCUCAUCCAUUCAAGCUGAUCAGUUGGCCGGACAAUGGUAUGCUCGAGCAUGUGGCCUUGAACCUAUUGUCGAUGAACAACAAGCUAGAACUGCCCUUGAAACCAUUUUUAACUUCAACGUUUUAAAGGUCAAGGAUGGGAGACGCGGGGCAGUGAAUGGGAUGCAGCCGAAUGGUGAAGUUGACCUGUCUUGCAUGCAGGCAAGAGAAGUAUGGUCUGGCGUUACAUACGCUGUCGCUGCAGGCAUGAUUCACGAAGACAUGGUUGAUUUGGCGUUUAAAACUGCCAGUGGAGUCUAUGAGACUGUAUGGUCUGAAAAAGGUUUCGGCUAUGCUUUCCAGACACCAGAAGGGUGGACGACAGAGGGCCGAUACAGAUCUCUAGCGUACAUGCGGCCGUUGGCAAUCUGGGCAAUGCAAUGGGCAUUAACACAGCCAAAGCCUUCCAAGCAAGAAGUGAAGCCAGAAAUCAAAGAAGCUUGUGUGCAUAAGCAACAUUCUGGCUUUCUCAGAGUUGCUCGCCUUCUCAAGCUGCCAGACGAGAGAGAUACUAGAAGCGUGUUUCAGGUCCUCUUCGAUUACACUUGUAAAAGAAUGGCAACAUGAAAGAAAAUGACAGAUCUCAACUAGUUAAAUUAACUCCCCAUUUAAUCCCCUUGUAUAUGGCCAUUAUUUUGCCAUUGAAUUGUUGUUUUGUUCAUCUUAUAUGGAAUCAUAUAUAAUGCUAUAUUGCUUGGUAAUAUAACUUGCAUUUUCUUUUUUCAUUCA